GGGAAAUGUCUUGUGUGGAGGGGGAUCAUGAUCCAGUGGCAACAAUUAUGGGAGAGAGAGCCUAAAGGAAGACAUUUGUUCUCAUUGAAUGGAAGAGUGAGUGAGGCCACUAAACCUUGUGGAGGGAUGAGAAGGAAGGGACAGGGUACUAUUGCUAGAAUGAGAAUUGGUCUUACAUUAUUGAAUAGUACUCUUUUUAUCAUGGGUAAACAUCAAGAUGGAAUGUGUGAUGAAUGUCAACAACCCGAGACAGUGCCUCAUGUGCUUAUACAUCGUAGGAGAUACAGCAGGGAAAGGAAGGAGUUACUAGAGACAUUGAGAGAAUUGGGUCUAGAAGAGAUUGCAGUUAAAGGCAUUUUAAAUUUGGGAUCAAGUGGGAGGGGAAGGUGUUGUUUUUUAAAGUAUUUAUCAGACACUGGACUAAUUAAAAGAAUAUGAAGAGAUGACUUAAAUGAUCCUGAAGGUGGCAGCAAUGCAACGAUUUGGAUGCCAGCAAGACUUCACCCAUCAGAAACUCAGAGAGGAAGAAACGGGAAAUAAUCUGCGACAGUUUACUUUCUAUUUCUCUGACAUUAAACUUCAAAUAUAGUUAUUCCCUGUAAGCUAAAUGUGAUCUCUGUAAAAUAGUGUUGUUCCUGCGGUGAAACAUGUUUGGUUUCAGACUUCAGUUUCUCUUUCUGCUGACUUUCUCUGGAGCAACUCUGGGACAGGAACCCGGUGCUGUCAGAGUGGUGGUUCCAGAAGGUGGUGGUGAUGCUGUAUUACCAGUCUCCAUCGGCAGGAACGCUGAAAGACUUUUCUUUGACUGGAGGAAAGUCGGUCCUGGAGGAGAAGUCCUGCAGGAGGUUUUCCUGUACGAUGCCGGCCUCCAUUACAACAACGGUUUUCCAGGUCAGAGUGAGCAGUUCAGAGGUCGAGUCUCACACUUUCCUGGAGAACUGAAGCACGGCAACGCCUCCAUCAUCAUCAGAAAGACGAAGGCGUCUGACGCUGGAAGAUACUCCUGUUAUUUUCCACAUCUGCAGCCUCGUCAGACAUUCUACGUUGAGCUGGAUGUUGCUGCAACUCCAAAGCCGUCCGUCACGACUCUAACUGCCACAGCAGACUGUGAGCUUCUGCAGUGUGAGGUUCCUGGUGCUUCUGUGAACACUAAAGCGGAGUGGCAGAGCAGUACUGGAAGCAUCCUCCAUGCUGAGGAGAAACGAGUCCCAGAGGAAGAUCACGUCUUCAUCACUCUCUACGUUAAUGUGACCAGGACCGACCGCUACCAGUGUGUAGUCUCUCAGGAGGACAUCAAGCAUCGGGUCUCUGCUCAGAUCUUUGUGUACAUCAGUGACUCAUCCAGCACAGGGAUCAUGGUUGGUGUUGGCAUCGGUUCAUUUCUUUUGGGAGUUUUAACUGUUGCUGCAGUUCUGUGUGUUCUUGAACGUGCAAAGCGCAUUAAAAUAUUCCACAGUAAAGGUUCUCCUCUGGGGAAACUUAUCCGCUUCGACCGAGAUUCUGCUCUGGAGGAAGUUAUCUGCUUCUACAAAGAUUCUGAUCUGGAGGAAGUUAUCUGUUUCUACAAAGGUUCUCUUCUGGAUGGAGUUAUCCGCUUCUACAAAGGUUCUCGUCAGGAGGGAGUUAUCCACUUCUACAAAGAAUCCAUUGGGAAGAUAAAAGAUGUGGAUAAGACAAACAGCUCUACUGAAGGAUGUCCUCUGAAGACAAACCGUGGUUCUCCUCUGGAGAGAACAGAUGUGGAUAAGACAAACAGCUCUACUGAAGGAAGACCUCUGAAGACAAACCCUGGUUCUGAUCUGGAGAGAACAGAGGUGGAUAAGACAAACAGCUCUACUGAAGGAUGUCCUCUGAAGACAAACCCUGGUUCUGAUCUGGAGAGAACAGAGGUGGAUAAGACAAACAGCUCUACUGAAGGAUGUCCUCUGAAGACAAACCCUGGUUCUGAUCUGGAGAGAACAGAGGUGGAUAAGACAAACAGCUCUACUGAAGGAUGUCCUCUGAAGACAAACCCUGGUUCUGAUCUGGAGGAAGAAGAGAUGACUGAUCUUCUCUCUGAAUCCAUUGGGAAGAUAAAAGAUGUGGAUAAGACAAACAGCUCUACUGAAGGAUGUCCUCUGAAGACAAACCGUGGUUCUGAUCUGGAGGAAGAAGAGAUGACCGAUCCUCUCUCUGGUUCUGAUCUGGAGGAAGAAGAGAUGACCGAUCCUCUCUCUGAUUCUGAUCAGGAGAGAACAGAUUGUGAAAACACAGAAACGGCUCUGUUACAGAACCCUCCCAGCAGCCCCUGAAGCCAUCCAAAAAGUGUUAGCCUAACAUCUGUGUGUGUGUGUGUGUGUGUGUGUGUGUGUGUGUGUGUGUGUGUGUGUGUGUGUGUGUGUGUGUGUGUGUGUGUGUGUGUGUGUGUGUGUGUGUGUGUGUGUGUGUGUGUGUGUGUGGUUUCUGUGAAACCAGCUCUUUCAUUUUUAUAUUUUUCCUUUAUAGUUUGUUGUUUGAGAAAAUGUCUGAAGUUGAUCUGUUUUUAAAUUAACUCCUGGAAAAUGAUAAUUGGUUGGUCAGUCUGAAUGUGUUAAUUGAUUUAUGUCCUUGUGUAAAUACACGUAUCCAUUUCUGGGGAUUAUUCAACCGUACAUCAUGUCAUUACACCAAAGUGACCUGGAGUUUCAUUCUGAACAAUAAUCUCUCCAAACCUCACUGUGAAUUAUUGAGGGGGUUUCUUAUGUUGUCAGAUGAAAAGCGCUGCCUUGAUAUUCUGAGUUUGUCUUCUGGGUGUUGGGUAGAGGGAUUCAAUUCAUCUCAAAUGUUGUGCCACAUGCAUUGCACUGUAUUCUCUACUGUAUUGUUAGUUGAUAAUCUUUGCAAUAAAAAAUAUAUGAUGAAAAUAAA